AUGGUGUUGAAGCCGCUCGAAUUCUCAGAGUGCAUCGCCGAUACGCCCUGGUUCCGCCAGAACCUUCAUGAGCAUGAGGUGGCUCUCGAAGACGCCUACAAGAGCAUCAAGAACAUUGAAACACAAUGUCGUGAACUUAUCUCCUGCACAAGAAAGCUUUCUCUCGCUCAAAAAGCCUUCGCGAAGACACUCACAGAGUUCAAAAUUGAGACUGUGGGGACGACUCAAACAGACGAUGAACGAGUGAUUGGCAAUUGUCUGCGUGAAUUCGGUAAGCUCAUAAACCAAGUAGAGGAGGAACGCACUAAGAUUUUGAAUGAGGCUGAAUCUCACUAUCUGGAACCGCUCAAGAGAUUUCGGGUAGAGGCAAUUGGUAGAACUUUACAUGAGGAGAAAAGGAAGUACGAGAAAGAAAGCGCAAAAUUCUAUCAGAGUCUCGAAAAGCACCUUCACUUGAGUACGGUGCGGAAAAACGAUUUUCGCGAAGCUGAUGCGCAGUUGGACAUUCAGCAGCACAGCUUUUGCAAGGCUUCUUUGCAAUAUGUUGCUGAAAUUCAGUCGGUCCAAGAGAGAAUGAAAUUCGAGUUCGUGGAAACUCUUAGCUCAUUCCUGUAUUCUUGGCUGACUUUUUAUCAUGUUGGUCACGUAAUCCACGAGGAUUUCAAGCCGUUUCUGGAUGGAGUGCAAGACAGAGUGCAGAAGACAAAGGAAAGUUAUAUGGCUACAAUCGCUGAAGCUGAAGAGCUUAAAGAAAAGAUGCUUAAAACGCACACAAAAGCGGGUCAAGCGGGCAAUACACCUGGAACAAUUGCAGGAGGAUCGGAGCGUUCAUCGACCAUCAAACAGGGAUAUGUAUAUAUGCAAGAGAAAAGCAAGCUACCUAAAACGAUAGGACGAGAUGUGCUUGCGGGAAAGUGGACCAAAUACUACUGUGUAUAUUCUAAAGAAACUAGGAUUUUCACAAUGAUUCCUAUCACUGCAACAUCGAAAACGGAUAUGAAAGGCGCUUUGGGUUUAUCAGUCUCAUUUAAGCUGAAAGAGUGCUUACGUCGUUCAUCGGACAGCAUAGACAAAAGAUUCUGUUUCGAUCUAAUUGCCGAUGAACGACCUGAUGUCAUGACAUUUCAAGCACUUUCCGAGGAAGAUCGUCGGCAGUGGAUCGAUGCAAUGGAUGGGAAACAGACCGUAUAUGCACCUGGAGCUGGACCAUCGACCACAACUCUUCAAACGCACCUGGAUGAUAUUGGGUUCGAGUUCGUUCAGCAAUGCAUUGCUUUCCUUGAAGAGCGAGGAAUUCGAGAGCAAGGGCUUUAUCGCAAUUGUGGUGUGACAUCGAAGGUACAAAAAUUGAUGCAACUCGGUCUUGAUAAACGAAAAUCGAACGGCGACAAGUUGAACUUCAAUGACGAUGAGUGGGAAAUCAAGACCAUCAGUAGUGCUGUCAAGACAUUCCUCAGGAAUCUACCGGAGCCAUUGAUGACCUUUGAGCAACACAGUCUUUUCAUUAACGCCGCCAAAAUGGACGACCGUCGCACACGAGUUGAUCACAUUCAUUAUUACGUGCACAAGUUGCCUGCUUCUCAUAAAUCCAUGCUGGAGAUUGUGAUUCGCCACUUGAGGAAAGUAGCUGACCGAUGCAGUGAGAACCUAAUGACCGUGGGUAACUUGGGAGUGUGCUUCGGACCAACACUUCUUAGACCGAAAGAAGAAACCAUGGCGGCUAUCAUGGAUAUCAAGUUCUGCAAUGUCGUGGUUGAAGUGCUCAUUGCACACUGUGAACAUAUAUUCGGGACAGAACCUCCGAAAUCGAUCGGCCAGCCGUGUCCACCGAAGCCCGACCAUCGAAACAUUCAUCACGAAUCGAGCCAACCAGUUCUUUCACUAAGCGAGCUACAACCCGACAACGGGCGACAGGCGCUGACUGCGUCUUCGUCGCUCCACGCCUCUUCCAGUCGUCCACGAGCUAUCAUGGCGGCUUCGCCGGCUAUACGUGCCCACGCUGCAGCGUUGAGUACAGCACCUGCAAGUGCGCCUGCUUCGACGAACAGCCAUAUUUACGAUGUUCCCGGUGAAGUCACCACAUCAAUUUCGAAGCUGCAGCCCUCGUAUGGCGCCCCGGGCACGUCGGCUGCGACGACGCCUACCACCCCACCGUCGCAGAUGCCGAGUACCGCAGUACGUAUUUCAGCCGCAAGUGCUGCGGCUUCCUCUUCACGAGCACCACGUUGUGAGAGCUCCGACUCACUCAAUUCCUUGAUAAGCGGCGGCAGUGAUAGCCCGAAGCUGAGUAAGGUGUCAACUGAAGGGCCUAAAGCAAAGAUGAGCACUUCGUACGCACCCGCCUACAAUCCGCUAGCUUGCGAAACUGUGCCCCGUGCUCAAGCAAUGGGGGCGCCGUCUUCUUCGAACAACUUCUCUGCACUAAUGUGCUCUGACUGUCCUGUGCAACGCAUCUCUCCAAUGUACUCCUCCCUCAUUAAUCCGGUUGUUUCGCUGCAACCGAGUCGGCGUGUGAAGACAUUGUACGCAUGUACGCCCGAUCAUGAAUCAGAGCUGUCGUUCCAGCCAGGGCAGAUAAUAACCAAUGUGUACGAGUCGAAGGAGGAGGGCUGGCUCGUUGGUACGCUCAACGGAAAGACUGGUCUUAUUCCUAGUAACUACGUCGAACCAUUACCGUAA